AUGGCCCACAGUUGUUCAUUUGACAUAAUCUUAAUUGAUAACGACUGGUCAGAAGAUGGUUGUGCCAUUCAACAAAGCAAAAGCAACAAGACCCACAGUGUGUGCCAGUGCAAUCAUCUAACGAACUUUGCUAUUCUUAUGGAUGUCCACGGGACCAAAAUUGAUUCCAUGAAUGACUUUAUUCUGCGUAUUAUCACCUACGUCGGCUGUAGUAUCUCUAUCGUUUGUUUGGGCCUUGAGAUCAUUACUUUUCAGCUGUUCCAAAAGCUCAAGAGCGACGUGACAAAUGUUCAUAAAAAUUUGUGCAUCUGCCUGCUCAUUGUGCAGGCCCUAUUCGUUGGUGGGGUUGAACAAACAAGCCAGAAACUUGUCUGCGGCAUCAUUGCACGUCUGCUUCACUUUUUCCUUUUGUGCGCCUUUGCCUGGAUGUUCAUUGAAGGUUUACAGCUUUACUUUAUGCUGAUCAAAGUCUUCGAAACGGGGAUAUCUCGCAUGCGUUGGUACUACUUGUUUGCGUACGGGAUGCCACUGAUGGUGGUCGCUAUCGCAUGUGCUUUGAAUCCCCGGGGCUACGGCACCGAACAUUACUGUUGGUUGAAAACGACGGAUUACUUCAUAUUUAGCUUUGUGGGUCCUGUCAUAAUCAUCCUGGUGAUAAAUUUUGGGUUUCUCUGCAUGGCAAUGAAUGUAAUCUGCAGACGGACCAAUAAAACCAUCUCCGCGAACACCAAAGUUCACUCGCAGAUGGGCAAUAUAAGGACAAUGUUAAAAGGUUCUGUGAUGUUGGUUUUCUUGCUGGGUUUGACCUGGACCUUUGGACUGUUGUUCAUGAACCGUCAGACUUUGGUCAUGGCAUACAUCUUCACAGCGUUGAAUAGCCUCCAGGGACUUAUCAUUUUUGUGUUUCACUGUCUGCUAAACAAAACGUAUUGA